GGUUUUUUUUUUAAAGGAACUAUUUGGGCAGCGACUCGCAAAACGACUCUGUCUCUUGGGAGACCUCCUCAGCGUGGACUCGUAAUUCCGCGGAUUCGGUCUCUCUCUCUCUCUCUCUGUAUCCGCGGAGACCAAAUCCUCCGAUUUCCGGAUUUUCGCAAUAAAUCCCGUGACUUUAAAAUCCCGCCAUUCCUCUUGCUGUUGUUCAUUUCUUUGAUUUUGGAUGGGAACUCCGGAAUUCCCAGAUCUGGGUAAGCAUUGCUCCGUCGUCGAAUGCCAGCAGAUCGAUUUCUUGCCAUUCACCUGCGAUAGCUGCAACAAGGUGUUUUGUUUGGUGCACCGAAGCUACAUUAAACACAACUGUCCAAAAGGCGACAGACAAAAUGUCACUGUUGUCAUUUGCCCCCUCUGUGCCAAAGGAGUUCAUCUAAUUCCGGAUGAAGAUCCCAACAUUACUUGGGAGAGGCAUGUUAACACUGAUUGUGACCCUUCGAAUUAUGAGAAAGCCACAAAGAAGAAAAAAUGUCCUGUCCCUGGAUGCAGGGAGGUCUUAACAUUCUCGAACACAAUCAAUUGCAGGGACUGCAUGGCAGACCACUGUUUGAAGCACCGAUUUGGACCUGAUCAUAAGUGUCCUGGACCUAAGAAACCGGAGGCAGGUUUAUCCUUUAUGGGUCUUUUAAGUAGAAGUCAAAAAGAAACAUCAAAUCGCAACCGUGCUUCUGCCACAUCUUCCCCCAAUUGGGGUAGCUUUCUGAGCGCAGCUUCAUCUUUCAAAGCCUCAGCUGAAGCUAGUGUUGCAAAAUUGAGUAAUGAACUUAGCCAAAAGUGGACAACAAAAGAUGGAGUAGGACAGAGCAGCAGCAGUGGGAGUAGAAACAGGCAAGUGGAGGAGUGUCCGCAAUGUGGUGCUAAGUUCUCCUCAGUCACCACUCUUGUAGAUCAUGUACAAAAAGUUCAUGAAAAGGGUGGCACCCGAGCAGGGGUGAAGAAGUUGACAGUAGAUGUCUGCCCCAAGUGUAGUAAAGGAUUUCGGGAUCCAGUGGCUCUUGUAGAGCAUGUUGAGAGGGAUCAUGGUGGUACUUCAAGAGUAUAGGUAUAAAUUUUUUUGCAGAAAGUAUUUGUAUUCUAUUGGACAUAGCUCAGGUGAUUCAUACCGACAAAAUGCAUAUAUCUUUUGAGAAUUAAGUCAAAUUGUUUGCUGUUUUAGUUGUAAGGUUGGACACACAAAUUGUUCCUUUGUGAAUACUGAUUAUUUGUUGAUAGCCAAAUGAUGUAUUGCUGUUUCUGCUCUCC